AUGCCUCCCAAGUUCCUCCGAGCCAUGUCGAUCCACGGGGACGCAAGUCUCGAGAUCCCUUCUACCCCUCCUCCUCGCGUCGCAAUUGUUACUGGCGCCGCACAAGGGAUUGGCCAAGCGAUCGCCGUCCGCCUGGUGACUGACGGCCUCCUCGUCAUCGUCAACGACAUCCCUUCCAGAUCGUCGCAAUUAGAUACCGUAGUCAAACAGCUGAACAUACUUGGAUCAACCACGUCGUAUCGAGUCCCAUACACGGCCAAUGAUAUCGUCGCGCAUCCUGUUGUCGGAGAUGUUUCGAAAGAGGUAGAUGUAGAGAACAUGAUUCAAGAAGCCGUACGUGUCUUCGGACGUUUGGAUGUUAUGGUCGCCAAUGCUGGGAUCGCGGGUACAACCACAACUAUUAUGGAUGCCGUUGUCGAUGAUUGGGACGCCCUCUUCUCCAUAAACUUGCGAGGAGUCCUCCUCUGUUACAAACACGCUGCCCGCCAAAUGGUCAAACAGAAUAUUCAAGACGGACGUAUUAUAGGCGCGUGUUCAAUGGUUGGACUUGGAGGAAACAUUCAUCAAGGUGCAUAUUGCGCAUCGAAAUCCGCCGUGCGCUCUAUCACCCAAAGCCUUGCAGCAUCAGAGCUCUCCGGAUAUAGCAUUACCGUGAAUGCAUACGCACCGGGAACCAUUGGCUCUGAGACGGCCAGGGCCAAAUACGACGAGAGACUCCUCGUGCCGUACAGAGUCUUUAGAAAGUUCUAUGGGCAGCCGAAUCUGAAGGUCACUUGCCCCGAGCCAGUGGCAAGCAUCGUUGCAUACCUAGUCAAACCUGAAGCAUCUUUUGUUACCGGCCAGGUGAUGUCGGUCGACGGAGGAGCGAUCAGUCCUUCUCUAUAA